GAGAAAGUAACUCCAGGAGAGACCGGAGCGACCCGCGCAGCGAGCACAGGCGGAGAGGCUGCACCAGGCUCCCGAGACCGGCGGCUGCGGGGGGCGGGGGCUGUGCCCGAGCCGGAUUCCCUGCUUCUGCUCAGAGCAGUGGUCUCGGGGAGAGGGUCGUUGUCCAGCACGGAUGCGUCGGGCGCAGGGAGCACUGGAGGUUCUGGUCAAGGCGUAAAGCCUGGGGCUUCCAAAGGUGGCCGUGAGGCAGAGGAAAGGGGCUGAGUGACUGGGGAGGAGCAGGAGAUACUCUGGGCAGCGAUGGAAGCCUAGAUGCCUCACCGCAAGGAGCGGCCGAGCGGGUCCUCGCUUCACGCCCAAGGCAGCACCGGCACUGAGGAGGGAGGAAGCAUGUCCCGGUUGUCUCUCACCCGGUCACCUGUGUCUCCCCUGGCUGCCCAGGGGAUUCCACUGCCAGCCCAGCUCACCAAGUCCAAUGCGCCCGUGCACAUCGAUGUGGGCGGCCACAUGUACACCAGCAGCUUGGCCACGCUCACCAAGUACCCCGACUCCAGAAUAAGCCGCCUCUUCAAUGGCACUGAGCCCAUCGUCCUAGACAGUCUGAAGCAGCACUAUUUCAUUGACCGGGAUGGAGAGAUUUUCCGCUAUGUCUUGAGCUUCCUGCGGACAUCCAAACUGCUGCUCCCGGAUGACUUCAAGGACUUCAGCCUGUUGUACGAGGAGGCCCGCUACUACCAGCUGCAGCCCAUGGUUCGCGAACUGGAGCGUUGGCAGCAGGAGCAGGAGCAGCGGCGUCGCAGCAGGGCCUGUGACUGCCUGGUGGUGCGGGUCACACCGGACCUGGGUGAGCGCAUUGCGCUCAGCGGCGAGAAGGCCCUCAUCGAGGAGGUCUUCCCGGAGACCGGGGAUGUCAUGUGCAACUCUGUCAAUGCUGGCUGGAACCAGGAUCCUACACAUGUCAUCCGCUUCCCCCUCAACGGCUACUGCCGGCUCAACUCGGUGCAGGUCCUGGAGAGGCUGUUCCAGAGGGGCUUCAGUGUGGCUGCAUCCUGCGGUGGCGGCGUGGACUCCUCCCAGUUCAGCGAGUAUGUGCUUUGCCGGGAGGAGCGACGGCUGCAGCCCACCCCCACUGCUGUCCGGAUAAAGCAGGAGCCCCUGGACUAGGCCCAGCCUCAGUACCCACCUGAGGCCCCGUGACCCUGGGGGUGGCCCAGGGACCUGGAAACAGUACUGGGGAGUUCUGCCUGCACCUGCUUCAUCUUCAUGAGACCGAGGGUGGGGCUGCAGGGUCCGAGGCUGCCCUGGGAGCCCCAGGGCCCCAGGUGUCAUGCCACAGAAUGUGGGGUGCUGUGGGCAUGCUUACCGAAGGACUGUUGAUGUGACCCAAAGAUGCGUCAGUGGGAGCUCCGCCACCAGUGCCCCGGGACCCCUGGGCUCCCCAGCCUGGCGCAGCGUCGUCCAAGGCCCUGGGGCUGGCCACGGUGGGGUCAGCACAGGCCCCCAGCCCACUGCAGAAGAGCUCUUCAUCCUUCACGCGUGGCGAGCGCAUCAGAGAUGGCUUAUUUUUCUACAGUAUUUAAAACAGAGUAACUGCACAAGCCAGAGAGGCCAACAAGGACCAACACUUCUUUAUCUGGUGCUCCGUUCUCAGUCAGAUAUGCAGCGUGCCCACCCACACGGGGGACGAGCUGCCAGGCCCUCCGGCCCACAUGCCCAUGGAGUGUGGCUUGGAGAGCUCUGGUCCCUGCUCUGGGGACAUGAAGGGAGGGAGGACAAUGCUGUAGGUACUGAAGCAAGGCCCCCAGGGAGCUGAGCUGCUGGCAGGAGGGUGGUUUGAGUGUGGGGGGCAGAUGGCUGUGGAACCACCGACACCCUCACCUUUGCUGCUGCCUGGGAUGCAGGCCACACGUGGUGGGUCACCUGACCUACCAGUGCUCAGGGGCUUCCGGUCUGGUUUGUGUGUCCUCACACCUGGGCUUCUGGAGGAGUCUCUCCCCAUCCGGACCAGCCACAGGGCCGCAUGGCAUCCUUACCUCAGGAACGGGUCCCACGGUGAAGGGGCCCACCUGUCAGCAGUGUCCCCUGGGUCGCCACCUCAGGAAGCUGUCCCCAGCUCUGACUUUUCCACACUAAUAUGCACACUGAAUUUUAAUGAAAUUUGUAAUACUAGCCUGCUGGUAAGACCUGGGCACAGGCAUACCUGGGACUUGCCCCGAUUCCAACAAGGACUGGCCCUGAGGGGUCCUCAAAGACCUGCUGCCUCUUAGAUGACAGGCCCAAAGAUGGACACCCCCACUUCGCCAGCCUGGACUGAGCUGGCUCUUCCCAGGUGGAGGAACUGCAGACGCCUGCUCGGUGGUUGGGGCGCACAGCCGGCACUGCACUGCGUACGAUGCCUGUAGACUUGUAUAGGACUCCUUUAAUAUCGUAAAGAUGCUGAUGUACAGUUGUUGUGUUUGUGUACACACAUUACGUUCCUAGUUCAUGCCAUAAACUGCUAUAAAGCAAAAGACUGAGGCUGUGUCCUGUGCAGAAGCGGCAUUGGAUUUUGAGUUGGAUGUUGUGCCCCGGGCGUUAUGGGUGGGAGUCCUGCUUCUGUCCCUUCAGAUCAAGGAUGGACUAGCAGUGCUCACUGGGGGAGGGGCAAAGUCCCAAGCUGGCCGUUACUUACUGCAGUUGGGGCUUUCCUCACUGCUGUGACCUGUCCCCUGUGGGCAGGACAGAUUCUGAAAUCUCACAGCUCCUGACAUGCCAGUGGAGAGGCAGACAGGUGUCUGGGUGCUUUUGAACCCAGUCUUAGGUGUUUGAGAUUUUCCCUCUCUCUGGCUUUUGGUUGAGGUCAACACCCUUUUAGAGUCCCGCAGAGCUGUAGAAGGUGACGGUCCCCAGGUCAGAGCAUCCAGGGCACGUGCAGGCCCUGGCAUGAGAAGGGUCGAUUACCUGAGCACCAUGCAAGCCCACAGUGCGUUUGUUUCCAAGAGGAGUCUGAAGUUAUUGAUAGGGGCCUCCAACUUCAAUGAGCCCUUUUGUAUUUUUCCUCAAAGCCCUUACAUUUUAACCCAUGAGGACCCUUGUACAUGCCGGGUAUAGGCCACUGGCUUUGAUUUGCCUGGAGCGUGAGAGCACAGCCACUUCCUGUCUGGGGUUGCGAAGCAGACGCCAACCCUCUGUACAAUCUAAUUUGCUGGACAAACUUGCCAGCCUUCUCCUUUGCUUAGCAACACACUUCCAGUUGGCACAUCUGCAUUUUGGCAUCUGAGGUUCACAUCUGAGAGGAGGAGAAAGUGUUUAUUAGAAAGGAAGUCUUGUGAAAACAGCUCCUUGCAGCGUGACGUCUGUGGAUUUCUCUGGUGUGAUAGAGAGAAACCAUUUCUCAUGGUUACCAACUGGUGGGGAUGCCCUAACAUUUGAAGCAAACUAGAUUUCUGAGUAAACCAUAGUGCUUUAAAAAAAAGUACCUUACUGAACGUUACUCUUAAUUUAUUUCUUUACUAAGUAAAAUCAGGAAGUACAACUUCACAUAAGCUGGGGAAUUUCUGAAUUUGUAGAGAAAUACUUUGCUCCCAUAGUGACGCUAAAAUUCUAAUAUGCAUAAUAUCCUAAACAAUAAGUACCAAGGGUUAAUUCCUUUAAGACAUUUACACUUUAUAUACAACACUUCCUGGAAUUAAUAUAUUGUACGUAAUCUUUAGAUAAAAUGCCAGCAGUAUAAAUGUUAAAUUCUGCUCUUUGUAAGCCUCAAAAUAAUUAUUUUUUACUAUAAGCAACUGGACAGAGGGCUGUUGCAAUGCCUCCGAUUCCCACUGACCCUCCAUCAGUGCAGGAGGGACCUGGGCAGGCCAGCGGCAGGUGGCUUCUGCAACUCCAGCUUACAUGGGGCUCGAAGCCAGGUCGCAGAACUAAUAAUAUCUUUUAAAAAGUGUUUUUAAAAACCUACCACUUGACUG